AGUGUAAGUAUAUAUCGUAUACAUGAGUGCAGGCUAAUAUGUUUUUAUUAAUACGGCUAUCAGGGUAUAUGUUUAUAUUUCGAGUAGUGUAGCAACAUUCGUGGUUUGUGGUGGUUAAUUUCUCGAAAUAAUUAAACGGAACAAUAAAAACUAAAAAUCAAAUAUAAACAAAAGUUAAAAUAAUUAAUAUGAAUUAAUCUGUGUAAAUGAAGUAAAAAAGCAUAACAUAUGCAUAAUAUUUAUUGUGAAAAAUAAAAAUAAUAAAAUUUCUGAAGUCGCCGGACUGUUAGAAAAGGUUAACGUUCUUAACGUAUUUUAUGCCGUUGCAACGCCAAAUAUAAUGGAAUUCGUUGUUUUUUUCUCAUCAUAAAUAUCACUCUUAAUUAUUAUUAAUCACUAAAUUAAUAUAAUACGUAAAAUGUAAUUAAAUAAAACAAAAAGUAAUAUAAAAGUAAACAUAUAUUACUAUAUAUGUCAGAUAAAUUUUAUUGAUAGAAUGAACGAUAAUGAAGACCUAACUGACAAGCAAAAAAAUGAUGAAUUAUUAAAUAGGCAAGAAAUUAUAAAUGAUAAGGCAAAGUUAGCAGAAACAAAGACAAAUCGUAAUUUAUAUUCGACAAAACAAGAAUCCAACUUAAUUGAUAAUCAAUUAAGUAACUGUCGAGUUCAACCAUAUCCAUUUACAUUUAUCUCAGCUGUAAAACAAAAAUUAGCAUUUGCUGUUCAAAGUGAAAAUGAUAAUAUAAAUAAUAAAUUACAACAAUACUUGAUGGUAAAUGAAGUUAGAAAAAUGGAUUUUACAAAGCCAUUAAAAAUUGUAAAAUCACUUCCUAAAACAUCUGAUUAUUCAAAUCCGUCUCGUGAAAGCACAGCACAACGAAAAAAUCUAUCUCCAAUUCAAUCAAUACAACAAGAGGAAAUUAUUUUAAACAAAGAGAGUAAUAAAAUUUCUAAAAGUUCGGAUCGUGUGAGUAAAAAGUUGGAUUUUUUAUUGUCACAAGAAUUAUUGAAUGAGGAUAUUAAUUUUAAAACGCCUGAUGUUCCAUUUCAGUUAUUUCCACGAAAAAAAUUAGAACACACACGAGAUAAUUCUCGUGAAAAAGAAAAUCGCACUAAAAGAAUAAAAAAGGACGAUUUAAAUUUAUCAAGAGAAAGUGAUUCACUUGUUGAAGAAACAAAACGUGUAAAACAUUCAAAACAUGUUUCACGUCGAGAUGUAAAAGAUUUAGUAUCUAAUUCGUCAGUAAAAAGUGACCGGCACUCAACGAACUUAAUGAAAAAUAGUGACCCUGUAAAAAAAUCCAAAACAACAAAUUUUGGAUUAUCUAAUAAAAAAGAUGAGAAAAAAGCAAGAUCAUCAAGUUUACAAUCCGCAAAAUUAUCAAGAGAUAAAUCCCUCGAAGCAAGAGGUAAAACUACACGCAGUGAAUCAACAUCCGAUCGUAACUAUAAGCUACAUGACUAUAUUACAAUUAGAGAAGGUUCAAGAUUGUCUAAUACUGAUUUUCAAAAUCAAAAUUCAAAUGGAUUAUUGCAAAAUGAUGAUCAACAAAAAUAUCGUAAUUUAUUAGAUAGUAAACAAUUCAAACAUCAACUAACUUCUAAAGAAUUAUACAAAAAAAAUUUAGAAAAGAAAAAAUUAUCUACAAAUAAACUUCACCAUCGACCAAGUGGAAUAUCUGUUCAUGAAUCCCGUUCAGAUGACAAUGAAUUAAUUACUAAAUCAGAUAGCAUUUAUACAGAAUUAUCAUCUCAACAGAUAGAAAAUAAAGAUGAAAAAAUAACUUCAACUAGUAAUCAAAAUUUAACAUCAAUUGAUGAAUUUAAUAGUAUUAAUGGUUUUAAAAAAGUUGAUACGACUCAAUCAUCAGAUGAAAUAUUUUUAGAUCCACGUAAAAUAUCAUUUAGAGAACAUGGUAAUUCUCCACAAGAUGAUUUUUGUAAUUUAGUGACACCUGAUUUGAAUUUAGUUUAUCGGCCUAAGCGAAAAAAAGAUUUACGCUGUAAAUCUUUUUCAAAUGAUGAUUCAAUACAAGGAACUAUUAAACAAAAACCUCAUUCAUCGAAUGAAAAACAAGAUAAUGUGCCUUUAUUACACCCAACUGCAUUGCACAUGCAGUUUCAAGCGGAGUUACAUUUGUUUGACUCUUACAAUGAAUCUAUUAGACAAGUUAUGGAUGUUGAAAAUUCGUUAUAUAAUGUUAAACAAAAUCAAGAAAGAAAAAAAUUACAAAUGCAACGAUUAAUGCAUGACACUAAUGAUAGUCCAAUUACAGAAAAAGCUAAUGAAAUUAAUAAUGAUCAUUUGAUGUUAAAAGAUGAUAUUACUCCAGAAGAAAAUAAAACUAGUGUUCAAGUAGCAGAAGUCCAAACUCAAACAGCAAAUGAUAUUGCUACUCAAACAGAAACUUUAUUUACUCGUGAUAAUAAUCAACCGCAGCUGCUACAUCGUGAAAUAAUUCAUGCACCUGAAUAUUCAUCAAAUCCGCCUAAAAUAUCAUUGAAAACAAUUGAAUUUGAUGAUUUUAAUCAGUUUGAAGAUAUUUCACAGCCGAGCAAAAUUAGAACAAUGUCUGAGAUAAGUUUACAUGAAACAACAUCAUCAAUAAAAACUGAAACUGGUACUGAAAUAAAUAUAUCAACUCGUGAUGUCACUUGUUCAUUCAACAAAGAUAUUGAUUUAGAAAUGGAACAAUUAAUAAAAGAUGAAAAACAAAUGUAUGAUAAAAUUGAAAUGUUAUUCAAAUCACGUGAAAAAACUCUACAUGAUCGUACUAGAAAAUUAGUUGAAUUAGAAGAGCAAAAACGUGCGCUAAGAGAUACCGGACAAGAUAGUAGGAUCAGUUCUGUAAAGAAGAAACAAAGAGCUUUAUUAUUGAAAUUGCAGCAAGAAAAAGAUGAAAUGAAUCGACUGAAAGAAUUGCAUAAACUAGCAAGUCAAGAACGAAAAUUAAUGUUACAAAAACAAAGAAAUAUGUUCAAUCCUCAAAUGUCAACUAAAAAUUUUUUGACUAAAUUAAAACGUAGCGCUGAUUGUCAAUCACCUAGAAGAUUAUCAGGCCCAAUGAAAGGAUAUAAUAUACGAAGUAAUAGUUCUAUUAGCUCAUUAAUAGAUUCAGAUAAAUCGCAAAUAGAUCGAUCACAGCUGGAUGAAAAACUUAAUAUUUCUGAUGUAAGUGUAAAUGAUAAAAUAAAUGAAAAAUCAUUUCCUGAUUUAGAAACUCUAACGUCUUCCAAAAUAGUUGAUUUGAAGAAUAAUAAAUAUCAAAAAUAUUUUGAAGAAUCUAGUAAUUCAUCACAUUUAGAAAUAUCAUCUUCUCAAAAAUGUCAUCAAAUGAGAACACGUAAGUUUGAAGAAAAAAUGCCUAAAAGUGAUUUAUUGUGUUUAAAAUCAUAUCAAUUAGAUCUCGGAUCAAAAUUACGAAUGUGUCAAAAUAGUAAUAAUAAUGUGGCUGUCAAUAAACCUGUGGAUAAUUCACCGGCAAUUAAAUCUGAGUCUAAUACACUUGGAGAUUCAUCAAAAAAAUCUAAACUGAGAGAUAAAAGUGAUAUUAUUAUUGAUGAUGAUAAUCAUGAAGUAGUUAAAGGCUUGAAGAAAAUGGAUAAACCGAUGAUUUUGGAAAGAGAUUCAUUAAAAAAAUCUCCGUAUAAUCAGGACUCUAAAGCUAACAGUAAACGCAAGAAUACUAAAACUUUGAAAAGUAAGUCAUCCACAAAUAUACUAGCAGAAAAUAUUUCGAAAUCAACGUUGAAUCUCCAUAGUUCUAAUGAUAUUGUUAAGCAUAAACGGUCAAAGUUUGAAAAAGAAUUGAUGCCGAUGGAAGACAAAUAUCCACAACCUAUACUUGAAGAAAUAAGUUUAAAUGACAGUCAAAAUUCAUUUCAAGCUCUUGUUAAGCAUUCUCGGGUGGUUAAAGAAAAAAAUAAUAAGCUUUUACGUGAUAUUGCCAGUGAACGUAAAGCUGCAGAAAACAUAUCAGCACAACAAAUGAUUGAAAAUAGUUUAAUCGAUUGUGAUAGUUCAAAUAUAAAUAUUAAGGACGGAGAUUUACAAAAUCUUGGAAACAUAUCGACCAGAUCACAAGUAAGCACUUUUACUAUUUCACGUCACAGUUCUGGAGAUAGCGAAAAGAGUUACUCAAGAUCAGUCGUAAUUAGAUCACAGCAAGAUCAUCAUUUCAAAACAUCUAAGAAAUUGGAACAAGUCUUACAUGCACGAGAAGCUGCUCUUAACUCCCGUCGUAAUUGUGUAGAAGAUUGGAUUGCCUGGCAUGCAAAGCUCAAAGCAGAAGAAAAUCGUGUAGCUCGUAUGGAGGAAGCUGCUUUGAAACUUGUCACUGCGACCGCUAAUGCUUUUUCUUGUAAUGAUACAACAAUAUCUUCAGAUACCAGUGAUGUAGAGGGUAGAGUUGAAUUACUCGCUGAAAAACUUGCUGAAAGACGCAUGGAAAUGGUGAAACUUAAAAAGGAAGCUCGAAAGCAAGCGAAGCAAAGACUGAAAGCGCUUGAGGCAAAUUUACUUAAUCAAAUAACUAAAUAUGACACGACGAUUAAUGAAAUGCGGAAGAAAUUAGAACAAAAAAGACACUCAAUGAAAGAAAGCGAUAAACUAGCUAUUGAAGCAAAAUCAAUAGCUGAUUUAAAAGUACCUGAGAUACCUAUUAAACGUAUUGAAGAAAUUUAUAGAAAAAAUGAUUUAUUGCGUUCAUGUUUAGAAACAGGAUCAAUUGGUAAUAAUUUAAUUAAUAAAUCCAAUAGUAAUCAUAAUGAUCAAUCAACAAACUUACAUGUGAGUGAUAGUGAUGAUCAAAUAAAUCACAGUAUUAAAAGGGUUUUAGAAAAAAAUAGAUCAAGUACAUCGACUACAAAUUCAUCGAAAAAAGUAACGAAGAGUACAAAUUUAAAUGAUAACGAAAUGGAUGGCAAACAAUUAUCGACAGCAAUGAUGUCAUCUGAUUCAACUGAACGAAAAUCUGUUAGUUUUGAUAGUAAUGAAAUUUCUCCUAAAUCCAAUACUUCAACGUCGAUUUAUUCACAAAGAACCAAUAAUACACACAGUGAUAAAAAAUUAUUGGAACAUCCAUUACACCAAGAAACAAGUGAAAAUAAUGGAAGUAUAUUUUCCAGUAAAAUUAAUUUAUUAAACCUUAAUAAUAAUAAUCUUAGUGAAGACAUAAAUACAUUGGAAAAUGAUCUUAAAACGUUGUCAGAAUUGGUGUCACGCUUUAGCAAAAAAUCACAACCAAUAUCCAAUCAACCUGAUAAUGAAUUAAGUACAUUAAAAGAUAUUACUGAAAACUUAUCUAAGUCUGAAGUUGCCCAAGAUGAGACAAAUGAUAAAUCAAAAGAACCAGAAGAUGCAAGUGAUGUGUUAACAAUAAAAAGUCCAACAUCAAAUAUACAAACUGCAGUGGAAAGUGUUUCUGAUGAAGCAUCUACAAUAUUACCAAGUAAAUCAGUAGAAUCAAAAUUGUCUACUGAAAUUGAUUUCGAAGCCAAAAGCAAAGAAAUUCUUAAUGUCGUUGAAAAAUCGAUUAUUUCAGAACACUCUAAAUUUUCAGGAAAUAAUUUUGAAAUUACCGGUGCCGCUUUAGAACAAAGUAUGUUAAAUUUACACAAAGAUAAUGAAGCUUUAUCAUCAGAUUUUAAUUCAUUGGAAGGCGACAUUAAAUCAAUUUCUGAAAUAAUAUCAAAAAUGACAUCUAGUAAAAAUUUAAGCAUUGCUAUUGAUAAUGUAUCAUCUUCGGACACUUCACAUGAUUCUUAUUCACCUCAAUCAUUUCAUGUACCUAAUUUAGAUUUGAAAAAAUUAGACCAAAAUUCUCAAACAACUACCGAAAUAAUUGAUAGUAACGUGAAUGAUUCAAUAAAAAGUCAAGAUGGUAAAUUAUCUGAACAAGAGUUUGAUUAUACAACAGAAACUGUCGAAGAAGUUAGUGAUAAAAUAACAGAAUAUGAUGAAGAAUUAGAAAAUUCGAAUGUGAAUAGCAAUAAAUUCAUCGAAGACGUUGAAGAUGAUAAGAUUAUGACGGAUACUGAAAAUAAUUAUAAUAAAGACGCAAAAAAUGAAAUUUCUACUUCAAUGCAUUCAAACUCCAAUGAAUUUAGUCAAUCUUCACAAAAUGAUUCAAGAGAAGAAGAACAAGAUGAUGACGAAGGUUCUAAAGAGUUUAAUGACGAUGAGACAGUAUCUAAUUUAUUUAAAGUAGUUUCGCGAGAUAUCGAUUGUCAUCAAUUGUCUCAAUCAAAUAAAACUUUUGAACAUGAACAUGAAGAAAAAAAUGUAACAGAUUCAUAUUAUCAAAAAGAUUUAACAAAUGAUACCAAUACCGAAGAAUCUCUAUUUAUUCCCACUGGAGAGUCAACUAAUAUACCUGAACUUCAAUCUCAACUCCAAAAAACGACGACCGAUAGUCUGCAAGAAAACGAUAAAAGUCAUGGUGAUGAAUUAGGUGAUAUUUUAGAUAUAAUUGAACGUGAUCAAAAUCCGGAACCAUUUGAAUCAGUCGAUAUUCUAAGUAAAAUAAAUUCAAAUGAUGGUAAAGAAAAUAAUUCAUUUUACAACAAUGAAUUUAAUAUGACAACUGACUAUGAGCCUGUUUUACAAAAAAUAACUGAAUCAUUACAAAGUUUAGAGAAAAAUAUUGAAAAUCGUACCCGUGAUAAAGGAUUAGGUAAAGUUGAUUGUGUAGAAGAAAAAGAUUUGAAUUUUAGUGAAGAAUUAGAAAAAAUUGAUUCGAAAGUCGAAUUGAAUGAAUGCCUCGAGGAAGCUUUGGACUUAUUAAACGAAGGUAGUGAAGAACAUAGUAGGAAACAACUUGACAAAAAUAAUGACAAAUUUAUAAUGCCUGAAAAAUUACAAAGUGACAAAUUUAAUAAAAUAGUUUCACAUACAACACAAAUAAGAGAUCCUGAAUAUGAAGAUAUUUCCGAAGAAAGUCUCGAAGUUUCAGAAAUUUUAGAUAAAUCAGAAACUUUUAAAUCUAAACCACAAAAAUCAAAUAAAAUAGCUGAAAGAUACGAAGCAGUACAACAACCGGACGACGUGUUAAGGAUACUCGAUGAAAUAACUCAAAAAUCUUUAUCAAGUACAAUAAAAGAGCCAGUUAAUCGAAAGCCGUUGAAUCUUACAGUUCAAUCACCUAAGUAUUAUUCAGAUGACAUUUCGGACAAGAACUCUGAAAUUAAAGAAAAUACUGGAGUCAUUAUAGAAGAAAUUGAUGAUAUUAAAAGUCAUUUAGAAAUUAAUUUGAAAAAUUUCAAUGAACGUAGUAAAAUUUUAUGUGAUAAAAGUGACGCCUCUAAUAAAGUUGAUGAAGAUGGUGAUCCUGCUGAAACUCCGAGAGAAAUUUCUGAACUUGAAAUGGAUUCACCGAAAGAUCAAAACGAAUCGUGUUUAGAUAUUGAAGUAUUAAAUGAUAAUUUAUUAGUUAAUGAUAGAAAUAGUAGCAAAUUAAAAGAGUUAAAAUCUGAGAUAAAAUCUGAUGGUGUCAUCACGACUUCAGAGAAAGAUAUUGAAAUGAUGAUUGAUAAGUUACGAGCUUCACUAAACCAACCAGGACUUGAAGUAGUAGAUUUAAAUGCAAGGCUUCUUCGAAUCGAACAACUACAAAUAGAAUUACAGAUUAAACAAUUGGAAGCGGAAGAAGUGUCUUAUUAUGUUAGAGAAAUUCCAAAUAAACCACCACCACCUUACACACCACCUGGAAUAGGAAGCCUCUCACCUGAAUCAUCUCCAACGUUACCACUCGCCAUAGUACCAACAAAUAUUGAUGAAUUAACAGCUUUUACUGAGAAAGCGACAGUUAUUAUAUUUAACGCUCAACAAUCAGGAAAAGAUGUGAUGUCAUUGAAGGUACCACCAGAAAUAAACGAAUUGAACAAUGACACCAAUAAAGUAGUUAAAAAAGAUCGCGAAGUAUACAAUACAUUUUUGUUUGAUCUCUGUAAAGAAGCAUUUGCUGAACUUUACCAAUCAGAUUAUGAAAAACCAGGUCCAAGCUGGACUAAACCGAAUGUGAAAACAAAACCAGUUAUAAAAAUUCCAAAAACUAUUGAUGAAUUGAAUGAAUAUGUUAAUAAAGAAGUAGCAACAUUAUUUGGGUUCAAAACAAAAUUACAACGUGAGAAUAUGGUAAUGCGAUGGAGUAGAAAGCGACGAGAUAGAGUUGAUGAAUUAUUAGCUAGAGAAGCUCAAGCUGAAGAAGAUGAGUGGACAAAGUUUCACCAUGACGAACUAGCUGUAAAAAAUGAAUUAACUGUAGCAAUACUUGAUACGUUAAUUUUUGAAACGACUAAUGUUGUAAAAACAGUCUAUGCUAAAAAACGACGAAUUAUGUUUUAAUUUGAUUUCUUUUGUUUGUUUGUGUAUAGAUAAGUGUAGUUCUUUAAUUAUAUUAUAUUUUGUCAUUUUUUUCUGAGACUUCAAUGUCAUGCUCAAGUACUUAUAAUUAUAAUAUACCAUCAUCCGCAGCGAAAUAUUUAAAACCUAAGACUGAUUGCUUUGGGGCCAUUUUUCUGUUAA